AUGAGAACGUGCAGAGACCUACCUUCCAGACUUGCCAGAAGAGUACUUCAGAGAAUGCCAUACUCACAGGCCAAGUCAGACAUCAUCAGGUAUGGCCUUCUUUUUCAUCACGGGGGCAUCUACAUGGACACGGACUUUCUCGUGGUGAAGGAUCUCGGGGAGGUCUUAGACUUGGCGCAGAAGUACGACCUUGUAUCGUACACAGAUGCGCUUGAGACCAUCUUGGAGAAGAGGGUGUGCUCCAGAAACUUUGGCUCCAACUUCAUGGCCGCCCGCAAGGGCAGCGUCUUUAUGAAGACGGUCUGGGACAGACAGAAGCAGCUGAUGCAAGCCCAUUGCCCUGUGUCGGAGAAGGGCGAGGGGUUGGAGACGCUGUGCUGCUCUGACAACGCUACGGAGCAGUGUCGCGUUGCAUGGGGUGGGAUUGGAGAAAAAGUCUCGCAUCCAGUCUUCGAUGAGCUGGAGGGUGAGAGCGCGGCGUUUAGCAGCUACUGCUUCUCAGGCGAGAGAGGCUUUACCCCGCCGCGCCUGCUGAACUUUCUGGCCACGCCCGAACUUACACUUGCAGACGCAGAGGAUAUCUGGGAGAAAAUGGAAGUGGACGAGCCAUCGGCUAGGGAUCCUUUCGGCCGGAUCAUGUACCACACCUUCAACUCCGCCGCGACAUGGUCCGACUUCUCAUGCAAGCAGAUUUUUAACACCAGCUCGCUGUACGGCAAGUUGAACUACCUCAGCUUCACCACUGGCAGCGGCUCCAAGAGCCUGCCCGCGACGCCGGAGUACAUGGAGUGGCUGCAGAAGAACAAGAUGAGUUUCAUGAAGAACCACGACGGCUUGCCUUGCCAAACCUGA